AUGCUUGGCCGUUGGUGCCGGGCCCAAGUUACACGCCGUCGGGCCCGUGGAGUUCGGGCAACCUAUCUUUUCUCCCAUAGCACCAGAACACCUGGGCUUACCUACAGUACGGUAUCCUAUCUCGAAAAAAGAAAGGAACGGCGCCCGGCAACCCCACCAAAGCUUAGCCCUUACUGGCAACUGGGGAACGGUCCAGUUUACCCCCAGGGGUCCACACUUUCCGUCAUGACCUACCCUACCUGCUACACCAAACACGAUGCCUGUCAGCGCGGGCUAGGUAAUUCUCAUCAAGAUGUUACUAACCUUGACAUGGAACUUAUUAGCUCAGACUUUCUUCGAGCAAUUCUGCACAAUUAUGUGAACCUCGCACUGUUGGACGAUUUGGGAGGGCUCGAUACUUUCGUCCCUCCAAGGUCUUUGCAAUUCGAUUUCAAGUCAAGGAUGUGUUUAUGA